AUGUCUUUCGAAGAUGUAUCAUCACGGGCUACUGCCCUUCGACAAGUGGUUCAACUUAUCCAGGACGCAUCGGAAUCGCUGAUAUCAUCGUGGGAGAAUCCGGCUCCGGAUGCGGUACCAGCCUCGGAGACUAGCUUUGCCAUACCCGGUCGAAAGGCAUAUAAUGCACAGCGAACGAUCAUUGCGGCGCUGGGCUCAAUUGAGGAGCUUGUGGCCGAGCCUCAUCUACGGCUCGUGGAUUUCGCCGAGUUAUACUUUGAAGUUCGAGCACUCCACAUCGCCGUCGAACACGACAUCGCUUCCUUGUUAGCUAAAGGCGGAGUAGAUGGCGUUCCUAUCGAGGAACUCGCGAAGAAGUCAGGGCUUGAGCAAAGCAAGCUCGUCCGCAUCUUGCGAGUCCUGACAACGCAGCACAUCUUCCGCGAAACUGCGCCAGGUAGAUACGCGAAUAACAGGAUCUCCCAAGCCCUAGCCGAUGACGAGAGAUUACGAGCACAGGCUAUAUGCAGUUCGAUGGGUUACGCAGCUUCGUCUGCACUACCGGAGGCGCUAAAUGACCCUAUUCGAGGACCAAGCCACGAGCCUCAACUCGCAGCAUGGCCGUUAGCCAUGGGAACCGAAGCUACCUGGUUUGACUGGAUGAACGAGAAAGUUCCCCGUUCACGGGCUGGGGAAAAAGCAAGUCCCGGUGCGGCGAGAGGGUCCUACAAGCCCGUAGAUAACACAUCGUCGGAUGAAGAGUUGGUCCCAAGGCAUGACGCUAUUACGUACAAUAUGUACUUAGCGGGCAAUAGUAAGAGUUUAGGAAGUCCUCACCUAUAUGACUUCCCUUGGGGAGAACUGGGAGAUGCCUUGGUUGUCGAUGUUGGUGGCGGUGUGGGUAGUUUUGACCUUCAACUAGCUCAACUAUACCCAGAGCUACGCUUCGUCGUACAAGACCAAGUUACAGCAAUCGAACAGGGAAUCUCGAUGUGGCAAGAGGAGUUUCCCGAAGCUUUGGCUUCAAGACGGGUACAACUCUUAGAACAUGACUUCUUCAAGCCAAAUCCUAUCAAGGAAGCUGAUAUUUACUGGAUGCGACAUGUCUUACAUGACUGGAAUGAUGAGGAUUCCGUGAAAAUCCUCCUAAAUACCGCCGAGGCUAUGGGUCCGAAUUCGCGGCUGUUGGUUGCCGAUAUCACUUUGAUUGAAACUAUAGGAGACCCUUAUAUUGAGGCAGCACCUAAACCCCUAUUGGCGAAUUACGGUGUUCACUCUCAUCACGGGUUUGCCCUCGACAUAGCCAUGAUGUCUCUGAUGAACGGUAGAGAGCGUACCCCGUCGGAAUUCCGAAAACUGUUUGAACAGGCAGGACUAGAGAUGGUUAAAUUAUGGGACUGCCGCAGUAUUUUGGGCAUCAUGGAGUGUCGCAAGACAUGA